CUUAAUCAUGCCAAUUCCGCUGUUCUACCUCUCAACAACAGCCUUGUCAUCGAGGCCAGGUCGAAUGGAACAGUCAGUCAUGGACUCCUGCACCAGCAUCACGACCAGUUCGAGUAAGAAAGCUAUCGUUCGCGCUUGACGUAUUUGACGUGGCAAAAAGUAGACUAUGUUACGUUACGUAUUUGCGGAUGUGUGUGUCAGCCCAUUUUCGGGGGUUUUCAUCAUCAUGAGGUAAGUAUUUUCUCGAGAGAGAGUUCUGCUUGGCGAAUUAACAUACAGUAUUGCACUUCAAAGUUUGGUUUGACGGGAUCCAUGUGCGUCCAGUUGCGAUUUUAGAGCAGUUAGAUUUCUCAGCUGUUGGGUUGUGGGAGGGCCACGUUCUGGUAAUAUCCUUAUCAAACACGACCAAAGACAGGCCAACGGCCUAUGGUGACAAGACCAGAGCUAUAAGCACGGUGUCGAAUGUAGCUCAAGGUCAGGUUAACGACGAGACGAUGGAGUCGAAAAACUCUUCGAUAUGGAAGAGAAUCGCAGGCAAACUUGGAAUAAACAUUCCCAUCGUGUUGCUAAUGAUCAAAGGAGCCAUCGCACCUACCAUCGGACUUGCCAUAUAUCAGGACAACCAUGUUGCGGACCAUUUCUUGACGAUUGGCUAUCUCAUUCCAAUUAUGUCCAUCCUAGCAGUUCCGAUUUUUCCUCGAGCAAGAUUUAUCCAAAACCUUUUGGUGGCCUCGCUUUUGGUUUGUCUUGCAGCCGCAAUAUCGUUACUUGCCAUGUGGUGUGCGGUCAAAGCUCGAGAAAAUACUACUCAUAUUUCGAAAGAAGCGUUGGCCAAUGGGCCUGUCACAGGCGCUCAAGUUAGCCCAUCGUACAACGCCGCGGCAAGUGCUAACAUGGGCAUUUGGCUAUUCUUUGAAGUAUGGCUAAUCAACACGUUCCGAGCGUAUCGACCGCAAUACUUUUUGCCUUCUAUAAUAUUUUCAAUCUUCAUCAACAUUACAGGAACCUAUGGAACGCUGUUUGUAACUAUGAAGCAGGUCGAAGCUCUAGUCUCCCGUUUGCUUCAAGCGUUCUUCGCUGGUUUCGGAAUCUCAGCUUCAGUCAGCCUUGUCAUCGUGCCUUUCAGCUCUCGAACUAUCAUCUCCUUGCUCGUAACGGAAGAGCUCCAUGAAUUGAAGACCACCCUCGAAGUCCAGGGACAAUAUAUGCUCUCCCUACCCAAGCGUGAGUGGUACGGCACGAAGAGCUCCACCACAUACGCCAGAAGCGCCAAUAAGAGUUGGUUCUCUACUAGGGCCAAACCUUGGCCUGAAGCUGAUGCUCUAAAGAAAGUGACCGCCGACGUAACCGAGCUACAAGUUAAGGUACAAUCAGAGCUUCGAUAUGCAAAACGUGAGGUGGCUUGGGGCAAAUUAGGAUCGAAGGACAUGGUAACGAUAUGUCGGCUAAUAAAGAACAUAUUGGUUCCAAUUUUAGGGAUAGAGUCUUUCAUUGGAAUCACAGAUCGAAUUGAAAAGCGUGGUGGGUGGGAAGCUCCGAGAAUUCCAAGGACCGCCGACAGUUUGACUGGAUCGAAAUCCAACUCUCUGGAAGACAAAGAGAAGGGUCAGUGGAAGGAGAUACUUGAACAGUUAAAUGAUCGGGUCAGACAACUCCAGAAAACUGUGAUUGAGGGCUUCGAUCAUUCUUUGUACACACUCGAACUCGCAAAACGACCAUUAUCCCCGGUUGAUACCGACAUUGAAGCAAACAGCCUAGGUUACUCGGCUGGGGAGAGAGGCUUCGCUAAAUACUUAGAGAAUGCGAUACAAGACUUUUUGCGCCAACGAGAAGGUCCUCUGAAAAAAUGGUGUGCCGAGAUGGGUGUGGAUGACUAUUCGCAACUAAACGGCAUGAAGCCCUCAGACAAUUCAUUGCACGAGCUACAUCAGUCUCAACUAUAUCUUAUCCUUGAUCUAGAAUAUUCUUUUCUUGUGACUGCGAGAGAAGUUUUAAACCUGGUCAAGUAUGCUGACUCUAAAGUGGAUGAUGGAACAAUGUCGAAGAAGCGCCUUAUACUGCCAACGUGUAAACAAAUGAAAAAAUGGUUCUGGGCCAUGCUUUCUAGAGAAGACAGCAAUUUAGACUACCAAGUCUAUAGUACCCGAUCUGGCAGUCCGACAGUCCAUCUUGGCGACGCCAUUCAAGGUGAGAAAGACACCGAACACCUUCGCCCUACGUCUGUUUGGGAAAAGGUGACGGACAAAUUUCGAGUUAUUCCGAACUUCUUUGGUUCUGCAGAGUCGGCAUUUGGUUUCAGAGUAGCAACGGGAACCAUGGCUAUUGCAAUCAUUUGUUUCCUGAGGAAUUCUCAGCAAUUCUUUAUCGAACAGCGACUCGUCUGGGGUUCGAUUAUGGUUGCCAUAAGCAUGACUCAAACCGCUGGGUCUGGGGUUUAUGGUCAGUUCUUACGUUUCAGUGGAACAUUAGUCGCUAUGGUCGCAUCGUACAUUAUCUGGUAUAUCGUUGAUCAGCACCCGGCAGGUAUUAUUGUCUUUACUGGCAUCACUAUGUUCCUUUACCACUAUCCAUUGAUCAAGAGCCCUAACAAUCCAGUCAUUCCUAUAAUCGGAAUGGUCACGGUUACCUUGAUAGUGGGAUAUGAACUUCAAGUCCAGAAGGUCGGCAUCCUUAGGUCAAUUUCCAACGGCCAAGCCUAUCACCCCCUAUACGAGCUCGCUCCUUUCAGAUUAGCUACAGUCGUUGCCGGAGUGGGCGUGGCAUUCUUUUUCACAUACUUCCCGUCAGUGAUCACAGCUCGAAGCCAACUCCGCAAGGACCUAGGAUCCUGUCUCUAUAUUCUUUGCAACUACUAUAGCUCCGUCCAUCAGACUGUUGCAUUGCAAAGUAGAGAUGCAGAAGGGGAUCUGAAAGACAAAGGGAGUCCUGGAAGAAGGCUUGAAAAGGCUCGAAUUCGAUUAUACGUCAAAGACCUUGUCCUCCUUCAAGGCAUAGAGAAGCAUAUUAAAUUCACUGCGUGGGAGCCCACGUUUGGGGGGAAAUUCCCGCAAGCUUCAUAUAACAGGUUGAUCAAUCAUACCCAGAACAUCAUCCGCUUCACGACAAUGAUUGCCCAUGCAUCUGAAACGUUCCGAGUGUUACCAAUUGCAGAUAACACCCAGAACACUCCAGGGCCGUGGCUGAAAGACUUUAAACGUCUCAUCUCUUCCUUACAGCUAACAUCCCAAGAAGUAACAUCUCUUCUCGCCAUAGUCGCCUCCGCAAUCUCGACCGGUAGACCGAUGCCUCCAUAUCUCAAAGCCCCACAAGUCAUGAACCUCAGACAACUACUUAACAGAAUGGACGGCGAUAUUCUCAGUACACGGCAUGUACUUGAACCAGGCUACGCGGGUUUUGCCGUGAUACAGGUAUCAUCUACAAUGUUGAGAGAUGAUUUAGAGGGCUUACUGGAAGAGACGAAGAAUUUAGUUGGGGAGGCGAAGUUUAACAUCGAUGGUACUGAGAUAGAGAACCUUAAUGCGGAUCCCGUCAUGAUAGGAGGGAGGGGAGACUAAAGCAAUUGCGAAAUGUUGCCCAAGUGCGUCGGAUGCCAAAUAUUUAUGCUUGCAGAUCUAGUGCGGUAGCAAAUUUUUAGUGAUAUGAGUCCAACUCGGCCAUCGAGGAACCUCUCAAGUAAAUAGACGUUUAAUAC